AUGGCGGACUACGAGGAGGAUUAUGACUAUGAGAACUACGGCGAGGACGAUGAGGGCAUCACCCCCGAGGAUUGCUGGACCGUCAUCUCCUCCUUCUUCGAUACCAAGGGCCUGGUUUCUCAGCAGACUGAUUCGUUCGACGAAUUCACUCAGACGACGAUUCAGGACCUCGUUAACGAAUAUUCCACCAUCACACUCGACCAACCGAACCCUCCCUCAACCGCGGACAAGCAGAUUGCCCUUCGCCGAUAUGAGAUCAAAUUUGGAACCGUCAUGGUGUCCCGUCCAACCAUUAGUGAAACGGAUGGAACCGUAACAUCGCUUCUGCCCUACGAAUGUCGUGACCGCAACUUGACUUACGCAAGUCCCCUGUAUAUCAAUAUCACCAAGAAAGUCUCAGUUGCAGUUGAGAGGACACUAGGAUACGGGGAGAUGGAUGACGCCCAAGAAAAAGAGGCAAAGAAGACUGGCGAAUUGCCUACAAAACUUGUCUGGGAACCAGAGGAAAGCACCGAGGAUGACGACACCGGCAAGUCUGAGGAUUGGAAGAACAUGGUGUUUGUUGGAAAACUACCCAUCAUGGUCAAGUCCAAGAUUUGCCACUUGAGUCGCGAGCAUGAAGACAGCUUGUUCAUGGUCAACGAGUGUCCCUACGACCAAGGCGGUUACUUCGUUAUCAACGGUAGUGAAAAGGUGCUCAUUGCUCAGGAGCGUUCCGCGGCCAACAUCGUUCAAGUCUUCAAGAAGGCCCAGCCCAGUCCUUACACAUAUACUGCUGAGAUCAGAAGUGCAUUGGAGAAGGGUUCGCGUCUUAUUUCGAGCUUGACCUUGAAGUUAUAUGGCAAGGGUGAUUCUGCCCGUGGUGGCUUCGGCCAAACCAUUCACACAACCCUUCCUUUCGUCAAGUCCGACCUCCCCAUUGCCAUUGUCUUCCGUGCUCUGGGCGUCGUGUCUGACGAAGAUAUCCUUAACCACAUCUGCUACGACAGAAAAGACAGCCAAAUGCUCGAAAUGCUUCGACCCUGCAUCGAAGAAGCCUUUUGCGUACAAGAUCGAGAAGUUGCGCUCGACUUCAUCGGCAAGCGAGGUAACCGUGAUCAGGCUGGUCUGGGCCGAGAGAAGCGUGUUCGUGUUGCAAAAGACAUUUUGCAGAAGGAAACUCUACCCCACAUCUCUCAAACCGAAGGUAGUGAGACGAGAAAAGCCUUCUUCCUCGGUUACAUGGUUCAUAAACUCCUUCAGUGUGCUCUUGGAAGACGUGAGCCUGACGACCGCGAUCACUUUGGCAAGAAGCGAUUGGAUCUGGCGGGUCCGUUGUUGGCCAAACUCUUCCGUGGUAUCAUUCGCAGAAUGAACACAGAAUUGUCCAAUUAUCUGCGACGAUGUGUUGAGGGCAACAGACAUUUCAAUUUGGCCGUUGGAAUCAAGCCUGGCACCCUUUCCAACGGUUUGAAGUACUCCCUUGCCACUGGUAACUGGGGAGACCAGAAGAAGGCCAUGAGCUCGACUGCCGGUGUGUCUCAAGUGCUGAACCGUUAUACCUUCGCCUCGACUCUGUCCCACUUGCGUCGUACCAACACACCUAUUGGUAGAGACGGAAAGCUGGCUAAGCCGCGUCAGUUGCACAACACACAUUGGGGCUUGGUCUGCCCUGCCGAGACACCAGAAGGUCAAGCUUGUGGUCUCGUCAAGAAUUUGUCAUUGAUGUGUUAUGUCAGCGUGGGUUCGCCCUCCGAGCCGUUGAUUGAGUUCAUGAUCAACCGUGGCAUGGAAGUCGUGGAGGAAUACGAGCCGUUGAGAUACCCCCAUGCCACCAAGAUUUUUGUCAACGGUGUAUGGGUUGGCAUACACCAAGACCCCAAGCACUUGGUGAGCCAGGUCUUGGACACUCGACGAAAGUCGUAUCUGCAGUACGAAGUGUCCCUCGUACGAGAAAUCAGAGACCAGGAGUUCAAGAUUUUCUCCGAUGCCGGCCGUGUGAUGCGACCAGUGUUCACUGUACAGCAGGAAGACGACCCGGAAACCGGCAUAGAAAAGGGCCAUCUGGUUUUGACCAAGGAGUUGGUUAACAAGCUUGCUAAGGAACAGGCUGAGCCACCCGAGGAUCCAAACGAGAAGAUUGGCUGGGAGGGAUUGAUUCGAGCCGGUGCUGUCGAAUAUCUCGACGCUGAAGAAGAAGAAACCUCCAUGAUUUGCAUGACGCCAGAGGACCUUGAAUUGUAUCGUCUUCAGAAAGCUGGUGUUGCUCUUGAUGACGACAAUGGAGAUGACCUUAACAGGCGUCUCAAGACCAAGACCAAUCCCACCACCCACAUGUAUACACAUUGUGAAAUUCACCCCAGUAUGAUUCUUGGUAUCUGCGCUAGUAUUAUUCCGUUCCCCGACCACAAUCAGUCACCUCGUAAUACCUAUCAAUCUGCCAUGGGUAAGCAGGCCAUGGGUUUCUUCCUUACCAACUACUCUCGCCGCAUGGAUACUAUGGCCAAUAUUCUCUACUAUCCCCAAAAACCGCUUGCUACCACACGAUCUAUGGAAUUUCUCAAGUUCCGUGAAUUACCUGCUGGUCAAAAUGCCAUCGUCGCUAUUGCCUGUUAUUCGGGCUACAACCAAGAAGAUUCCGUUAUUAUGAACCAGAGUAGUAUCGAUAGAGGCUUGUUCCGAAGUCUGUUCUUCCGUUCAUACUCUGACCAGGAAAAGAAGGUUGGUUUGAAUUACACCGAAGUGUUUGAAAAGCCAUUCCACCAGAGCACGCUUCGUAUGAAGCACGGAACAUACGACAAACUGGACGAGGAUGGUAUUGUUGCACCUGGUGUGCGGGUGUCUGGAGAAGACAUCAUUAUUGGCAAAACGGCGCCUAUUGACCAAGAGAGCCAAGAUCUGGGAACCAGAACGAGUGUUCAUCAGAGACGUGACAUCUCUACCCCUCUAAGAAGUACGGAAAAUGGUAUCGUGGACUCGGUCAUUCUCACAGUCAAUGCCGAUAAUGUCAAGUAUGUCAAGGUCCGUGUCCGAACCACAAAGGUGCCUCAGAUUGGCGACAAGUUCGCCUCUCGCCACGGUCAGAAGGGUACUAUUGGUGUGACCUACCGACAAGAGGAUAUGCCUUUUACGCGGGAGGGUGUGACGCCAGACAUCAUUAUCAACCCGCACGCCAUUCCUUCACGAAUGACAAUUGCUCACUUGAUCGAGUGCUUGCUGAGUAAGGUGUCGACGUUGGAAGGCAUGGAGGGUGAUGCCACGCCAUUUACUGAUGUGACAGUUGACUCUGUCUCGGAGCUGUUGCGCAAACACGGGUACCAGUCCAGAGGUUUCGAAAUCAUGUACAAUGGCCAUACUGGCAAGAAGCUGAGAGCGCAGGUGUUCUUUGGACCCACGUAUUACCAGCGACUUCGUCACAUGGUGGACGACAAGAUCCACGCGCGUGCUCGUGGACCUGUGCAAAUCAUGACGCGACAGCCUGUGGAGGGUCGUGCCAGAGAUGGUGGUCUCCGAUUCGGAGAAAUGGAACGUGAUUGCAUGAUUGCCCAUGGUGCAGCUGCCUUCUUGAAGGAGCGAUUAUUCGAAGUGUCAGACGCUUUCCGAGUUCACAUUUGUGAAAUUUGUGGUUUGAUGACACCGAUUGCAAACCUUUCGAAGCAAUCAUUCGAAUGCCGCCCCUGCAAGAACAAGACCAAGAUUGCGCAAAUCCACAUUCCCUACGCUGCCAAGCUUCUCUUCCAAGAGCUCCAGUCAAUGAACAUUGCAGCAAGAAUGUUUACCGACAGGUCCGGCGCAUCCAUUCGAUGA